ACCCCAGAGACGGCCCAGCUGCUGGUCAUUGUGUCUGAUGGCAGGGGACUUUUCCUGGAGGGGAAAGAGCGGGUGAUGGCCGCUGUGCGAGCAGCACGCGAUGCUGACGUUUUUGUCAUCUUCGUGGUGCUGGACAACCCCAACUCACGGGAUUCCAUCUUGGACAUCAAGGUGCCAGUGUUCAAAGAACCAGGAGAACUGCCUGAGAUCCGCUCCUACAUGGAGGAGUUCCCCUUCCCCUUCUACGUCAUCCUGAGAGAUGUCACCGCUUCUCCAGAGACGCUGAGUGACGCGCUCAGGCAGUGGUUUGAACUCGUCACGGCGGCUGACCAAUGAAAGGCCACGUUGACAGGAAGUGAAAACUGCACAAAGUCAUUGAGGACUGCUGCUGCUGCACAUGUGCCUUUAGUUUCUAUUUUUUGCCGUCAUUUUAGUCGACCGCAGAGUUCGUUAUUUGUUCUUUGUUUUGUGAAUUAAAGGAUUUAAAGUGCACAUGUGACAAAUGACAGAAACAUUAAAUACCUCUGAACUGCC